AUGAGUAAAUGCAGAGAAGCUGGUGCUGAUGGAAUCCUCGGAUCCGUUUCUAUUUUGAGGCUGAAAUUCUACUUAAGACAAAAUAAUAAUCUCAGAAGUAAGAACUGGGAAAGCCACUUUGUGAAAGCUAUGUCAACUUUAUUAACCAAUUUAACUGAUGUGGCUUAUUCUACCUCCAGUUCUAUAGAUAACGAAAUAAAUCAGAGCACUGGAGGAGAUGAAAUGCUGUAUGCUCUCUCGUUAACUCUGUUGAUAACUUAUGCAUGUUUUGUUGCGUCCAGUUGGAACUGUGUAUCAAAUAGAAGUUACCUUGCCCAGGGUGGCGUGUUGGCUGUGGUCCUUGGCAUAUUGGCUUCGUUCGGCAUUCUCGCAGCAUCUGGUUUGAAGUUUGUGAACAUCGUGGGUGUCAUGCCAUUUUUGGCUUUAGGUGUUGGUGUAGACUCUAUGUUUGUAAUUAUGUCAGAAUGGGCGGAACACCAUGAUAAAGCGACUACUGAAGAACAACUAGCAGCAACAUUAAAGGGUUGUGGUGGUUCUAUAACUAUAGCUUCAUUAACUGAUAUCACAGCCUUCUUCAUAGGUGCUUCAUCGCAAUUCAUCAGCAUCAGGACAUUCUCUGUAUAUACGGGGUUAGCUCUGGCGUUCAGUUAUCUCUGUCACAUAACCUUCUUCCUCGGAUGUUUGACGAUUCAUGGUAGGAGAGGGAGGGCAUCACGGCACUGGGCAACUUGCCUGGAAACAAACGAUAGUACGACCCAGAGAGACCAGGGUAAAAGUCCAUGCACUGUUUUAAUAUGUGCAGGCCAACCUCCAGAACGACGUGAAGACGAUGAAAUUGUACAAAAUGUUGGAAUUUUGUAA